AUGCCAAUGAAAAAUUUCAGGAAAAGGCAACAUUUUGUAUAUUCGUCAAACCACAUGAAUACAAAUGUCAAAACGGAAUACGGUUUAAUUGUACACCAAAGAUUUAAAGAUUUACACAAUAGUGUAAUAGAUGAAUGUUAUAUAUGGCACGCUCUAAUAAUACACGAUCUGAUGAAUGCUGAAUUAGGACAGUAUCCACAUCUAACGCCAAUUGAACACGUACAAAUAUUUAUAAAUUAUGUCAAGUUCAUUAUAAACGUGAAGGAUAGGCGUGUUCCAAAGCGAAAAGCUAAAGCACAGGAGACGGCGGAACAAUGGCAAGCUCGACUAAACCGAGAAAGCGAACGAAAACGCGCGCAAGAAAGUGAAAAGAACGUCUAG